GUACAUGACUGGAAAAGAGCUACGUCAGUGUAUGCUUCCAAAAACAGCACCUUUAUCUGAAAAAUUGAAAAUUUACAAAGAAAGUCUACUUCCCCGGCAUCCUCCAGUUUUUCAUGAAUGGUUUCUGAGAAAUUUUCCUGAUCCUACUUCAUGGUACAGCAGCAGAUCAGCAUAUUGCCGUUCCACUGCAGUAAUGUCUAUGGUCGGAUAUAUACUUGGUCUUGGGGACCGUCAUGGAGAGAAUAUUCUGUUUGACUCUUUAACUGGUGACUGUGUGCAUGUAGAUUUCAACUGCCUGUUUAAUAAGGGAGAAACGUUUGAUUUUCCGGAGAUAGUUCCAUUUCGUCUUACUCACAAUAUGGUUAAUGGAAUGGGUCCAAUGGGGACAGAAGGUCUCUUCCGGAGAGCUUGUGAAGUUACACUGAGGCUUAUGCGUGACCAAAGAGAACCACUAAUGAGGUACAGUAACAGUCUUUGUUUAGAUGGCUGUGUAUAGAGAAGUGGGGGAGCCUUCAUGUAUUACUUAAAUUCACAGUAUAACCUCUUUUACAUCACUGUACAUUCCUUACUCAGUGAAAGGUUUCCUAUAUACAGUAGCUGCACAAACAAUGAAGA